AUGCAUGAACGCUGUGUUCCCAUCGAAGGCGGGAUCAUGGAGACCGCAUCCGGAGAGAAGUCCCCAAUCAAUCGAGCAGUGUGGAUAUGCGUUGAAGUUGCUGGUACGACCCGGGUAGUCGCUGCCCUGGUAACACAUGGACGACCUUGCUAUCACUUACUCUUGGGCCGUCACUGGAUGGCGGAUGUGAAACUGGUUGGAGAUUAUCAACGGGGUGAAUACACCUUGGAAGAUGAUUGCAAGGAGCGUACGUCAGUCCCUCGGAUCACUGACAAAGACAUGGAGCGAGUCAAACGGCAAGCCAAAGUUCUCCCGGUUCCGGUUCAGAAGGCCCCGAUCUGGGUUGACAUCUCAGAUCACAAUAACAUGGUUGGCGAGAGCAUUCCUCCGGGUGAAUUUGAAGUCUCGGAUAUCGGUGAAUCGGAAGUUGAUAGAUGCUUGCGAAAUGCAUUGAGAUCAUGCAAACAACAACAGGAACAUCAGACUCAAUCCGGAAUGGAGAGUAUGGAGUCGUACUCAGGCGACUCCGAGUCGGGUUUCUGA